UCCCCGCAGCCGCCGCCGCAGCCGCCGCCUGGGCCGCCCCGUGUCCCCGGUGGAGCCGCCGCCGCCGCCGCUGCCGCCGCCGCCGCCGCUGCGAGCUCGAUGCGGACGGAGCCUGGGCCGGGCCAUGGGGAUCCUCAGCAUCACGGACCAGCCGCCCCUGGUCCAGGCCAUCUUUAGCCGAGAUGUGGAGGAAGUGCGUUCCCUCCUCUCGCAGAAGGAGAACAUCAAUGUGCUGGACCAAGAGAGGCGAACCCCAUUGCAUGCUGCUGCCUACGUAGGCGAUGUCCCCAUCCUCCAGUUGCUACUAAUGUCAGGUGCUAAUGUCAACGCUAAGGACACACUGUGGCUGACCCCUCUUCAUCGUGCCGCUGCUUCCCGAAAUGAGAAGGUGCUGGGACUGCUGCUGGCACACUCAGCUGAUGUGAAUGCCCGGGACAAGCUGUGGCAGACACCACUGCAUGUGGCUGCUGCCAACCGGGCCACCAAGUGUGCUGAGGCUCUGGCACCCCUGUUGAGCAGCCUCAAUGUGGCUGACAGGAGCGGGCGCAGUGCUCUGCACCAUGCAGUACACAGUGGGCAUCUCGAGACGGUUAACCUGCUCCUCAAUAAGGGAGCCAGCCUGAAUGUCUGUGAUAAAAAGGAGCGGCAGCCGCUGCACUGGGCAGCUUUCCUAGGGCAUUUGGAGGUCCUGAAACUGCUGGUGGCACGUGGAGCAGACCUCAGCUGUAAGGACCGAAAGGGCUACGGGCUGCUCCACACAGCUGCGGCCAGCGGCCAGAUUGAAGUGGUGAAGUACUUGCUCCGGAUGGGGGCUGAGAUUGAUGAGCCCAACGCCUUUGGAAACACAGCUUUGCACAUCGCUUGCUACCUGGGCCAGGAUGCUGUGGCCAUUGAGCUGGUGAACGCCGGAGCCAACGUCAACCAGCCGAACGACAAGGGUUUCACACCGCUGCAUGUGGCUGCUGUCUCCACCAAUGGCGCCCUCUGCUUGGAGCUGUUGGUUAAUAACGGGGCUGAUGUCAACUACCAGAGCAAAGAAGGAAAAAGUCCUCUGCACAUGGCUGCUAUCCAUGGCCGUUUCACACGCUCCCAGAUCCUCAUUCAGAAUGGUAGCGAGAUCGACUGUGCUGACAAAUUUGGGAACACACCACUACAUGUGGCCGCUCGCUACGGACACGAGCUGCUCAUCAGCACUCUGAUGACCAAUGGCGCGGACACCGCCCGGCGCGGUAUCCACGACAUGUUUCCCCUGCACUUAGCUGUUCUCUUUGGAUUCUCUGACUGUUGCCGGAAGCUUCUUUCCUCAGGUCAGCUGUACAGCAUCGUGUCUUCACUCAGCAAUGAGCAUGUGCUCUCUGCUGGGUUUGACAUCAACACACCUGACAGCCUUGGCCGCACCUGUCUUCAUGCUGCUGCUUCUGGAGGGAAUGUUGAAUGUCUUAAUUUGCUUUUGAGCAGUGGGGCAGACCUGAGAAGGAGAGACAAGUUUGGAAGGACCCCAUUGCACUAUGCAGCUGCCAACGGGAGCUAUCAGUGCGCAGUGACACUGGUGACCGCCGGGGCGGGCGUCAACGAGGCUGACUGUAAAGGCUGUUCUCCUCUUCACUACGCUGCUGCUUCUGACACCUACCGGAGAGCGGAACCCCACACUGCUUCCAGCCACGAUGCUGAAGAGGAUGAGCUACUGAAGGAAUCCCGCAGGAAGGAGGCCUUCUUCUGUCUGGAGUUCUUAUUGGAUAAUGGUGCAGACCCCUCCCUGCGGGACAGGCAGGGCUACACAGCUGUGCACUAUGCAGCCGCCUAUGGCAACAGACAGAACCUCGAACUGCUCUUAGAAAUGUCCUUUAACUGCCUGGAGGAUGUGGAGAGCACCAUUCCUGUCAGCCCUUUGCACUUAGCUGCCUACAACGGUCACUGUGAAGCCCUGAAGACUCUGGCGGAAACGCUGGUGAAUCUGGAUGUCAGGGACCACAAGGGCCGGACCGCGCUCUUCCUGGCCACGGAGCGAGGCUCUACGGAGUGUGUGGAGGUGCUUACGGCCCACGGUGCCUCUGCCCUCAUCAAGGAGCGUAAACGCAAGUGGACACCCCUGCAUGCUGCUGCUGCCUCUGGCCACACUGACUCCCUGCACUUGCUGAUUGACAGUGGGGAGCGAGCUGACAUCACAGAUGUCAUGGAUGCCUAUGGACAAACCCCACUGAUGCUGGCCAUUAUGAAUGGUCACGUGGACUGUGUACAUCUGCUGCUAGAGAAAGGAUCCACGGCUGAUGCUGCUGACCUCCGGGGCCGCACCGCCCUCCACCGUGGGGCAGUGACUGGCUGUGAGGAUUGCCUGGCUGCCCUGCUGGACCAUGAUGCAUUUGUGCUGUGCCGAGACUUUAAGGGCCGCACCCCUAUUCACCUGGCCUCAGCCUGUGGCCAUACUGCAGUGCUGCGGACUCUGCUGCAGGCUGCCCUUUCCACAGACCCCCUCGAUGCUGGUGUCGAUUACAGUGGAUACUCGCCCAUGCACUGGGCCUCCUACACUGGACAUGAAGAUUGUCUGGAGUUGUUACUUGAACACAGCCCGUUCUCAUACUUGGAGGGAAACCCCUUCACUCCUUUGCACUGUGCAGUAAUUAAUAACCAGGACAGCACCACAGAGAUGCUGCUGGGAGCUCUGGGUGCCAAGAUUGUGAACAGCCGAGACGCCAAAGGACGGACCCCCCUUCACGCCGCUGCCUUUGCGGAUAAUGUCUCUGGGCUCCAGAUGCUGUUGCAACAUCAAGCAGAAGUGAAUGCCACUGACCACACUGGCCGCACUGCGCUAAUGACGGCAGCCGAGAACGGACAGACUGCUGCUGUGGAAUUUCUGCUGUAUCGCGGGAAGGCAGACCUGACUGUGCUGGACGAGAACAAGAACACUGCCCUGCACCUGGCUUGUAGCAAGGGCCAUGAGAAAUGUGCCCUCAUGAUCCUGGCAGAAACCCAAGACCUUGGCCUUAUCAAUGCUACCAACAGUGCGCUGCAGAUGCCACUCCACAUUGCUGCCCGGAAUGGACUUGCUUCUGUGGUGCAGGCCCUGCUGAGUCGUGGGGCCACAGUGCUGGCUGUGGAUGAAGAAGGUCACACCCCAGCACUGGCCUGCGCCCCAAACAAGGAUGUGGCGGACUGCCUGGCCUUGAUCCUCUCCACCAUGAAGCCUUUCCCACCCAAGGACGCCGUCAGUCCUUUCAGCUUCAGCCUGCUCAAGAACUGCGGCAUCGCAGCCGCCAAGACGGUGGGUGGCUGUGGCGCCCUGCCUCAUGGGGCCUCCUGUCCCUACAGCCAGGAGCGGCAUGGCGCCAUUGGGUUAGAUGGCUGCUACUCCGAGUAGCCCCUCCAGUGUCCCUCUCCCUGCCGGCGGCUGAUACCUUAUUCUAUUUAUUAGAGGAAGUCUAAACAUUUGGGCACUUUAAAGGAGAACACGACUGGGCGGUGGGGUGGGGGAGGAAGCACUGGGGAGCAGCUGCUUACCCCUUUGCCACACCAUCCUGGCCUGGCAGAGGUCUGGGACCCACAGGGAGCACCCCAGGCUCUUGGUACCCCCAGGGCACCCCCUUCUGCCAAGUGUCCCAAAAUGAUUGCUAAAUGCCUGGCUCCUCUCCUUGACUCCAUCUCUCAGUUUCCCCUGUUUGCUGCCAGCUCCCCCAACUCUCCCUCUGACUGUCCUCUCUGUCCCCCCUUCCCCUGCUGCCAGGCAGAUUCCCCCUUUUCUUCCAUACCCAUCACUGCCUUCCUGCUUGGCCCCUCCAUCCCUGCAGCAGUGAGAAGCCUUAAUUUCUGGUACUGUGUGAGCACUCUGGGGGUGUCCCCCUCCCCCUUCAGGGGCAGCUAGAGGAUGAGGGGGGAGGGUAUUUAGCACUGGGGCCUAGAGCUUCCCCCCCAUAUCCUAUCAUCCCUAAAAUUCAAAUGCAGACACUUGAAGCAGCAACUACUGAACCUGGCCCUCAUCCCACAUUCUCCCCUGGCUCCUCAUGUGCAAACCAAGGGCUGCUUCUGCCCCCACAGCCUGCUCCCUCCCCUACUUCUAGCCUGGCCUCCAACCACGCACUUUAACCUUGCUUCUUUCUUUUAACUUCUUUUCGGGGAGGGGAGCCUGUGGCCAUUCCCUCCUUGGCUCUCUUCUCCCUGAAUUCUGAGGCUUGUCAUGAAUUUUUAAGUAAGCAUUUUAUUCUUUAGGGGAAGAAACAAAUUAAUAUCCUGCCCAUUUCAAAAGUACAGCCCUAGUGUGUCCUGUGUUUCAGGCAUGUGUUUGCAUGUGAGUGGAGGUAGGGACCAUUUCUUCCUCCUGUGUCCCCCAGUCCUGGAGUUCCUCCAUGCCCCUGUCUGUCUCCACCUUCUGUCAUGUCCGAGAGUACCCACUGCCCCAGUCGUUCCUGAUAUGAAGCCAAAGAUGGUGGGAAGGACAGGGGCAGUGUAGGGCCUGCUUGUUAGGGAACCAGGCCUCCUCCAGUGAGGAGAAGCACUGGUCAAGGGAGCAACAGAUGGACCUUGAGGCUCAGUCCCUGCCUUCCUAGCGUGGGGAGAGAUGGGGUUGAGUAGGCGCUGCACGGAUACGAUUCCUAGAAUGUACCUGAGAAGCCAAACUGGGCUGGAACGAGAAGGGGCGGUGCUCUCUUUAAAUGUAGCAUUGCGUCUGGCCCUGGUCCCUUCAGAUGCCCGUCCAUGCAUCUCCUUGGUGAGCCUCUGCACAGUCGGACCCAGUCCCGUAACCCAGUGUCCCUUCCUCACACGCAAUACCUCAGCCAGGGGCCAAGACACAGAACUUGAAUAGAGCUCCUGCCCCUCUCCCCCACCGUGCAUCCUUGCCCAGUUUGGCUGCCAUCAGUAUUGCCCCCUGAGAACUGAGAACUGGAUGGGCUUCGUUUACACAGUCCAGGGGUCUCUCCCAGGGACCCCUCCACCUCCUUCCCUACCCCACUCGCUCUACUCACAUUCUUACCCGUUUCUCAGUUGUGUCCCUUGAAUGUCUUGCCACCCUUGCCGAGGGUGAGCUGAUGGGAGAGGGGCUGUCCCAGGGAGCCCUUCCCCCCACAGACACCCUGCACCAUACCUCACGCUGGUUCCCAGAAGCCUGGGGUGUUCGACUUUCCUUUCUGUGGUCCCUGUUUAUCUCUCUGUGUCUUGCUACCCCACCUCAGAUCCUAAACCAUUUCAAGGCUUCCGCGUGACCAUAUUGGUGAGAAGGAUUGUUUGUGCAGCUUUUAGUUUUUAUUUUUGUUUUCAAAGCCAAAGGGCCUUGCAAUGCCCCUCUUGCCCACGUCCCUUCAUGCCCUCUCCUUCCCUAGACGACAAUCAAUGUGACCUCUCUUAAGGGCUGCCGCCCCCACUCCCACCCUGCUGGUUCUGCAUAGCUUGCCCCUAACUUCAAUUCUCUUCCCUAAAACCUUCCCAUUUCACCCCCUCCCUCUCAUCUUGGUGCUGGGAAUUAGGUGGUGCGGGCGUGGGGAGCAGGGAAAUGGUUCCCCUGGGGAUGACUUGGGGCAUCAGUCGUGUUCUCCUUUCACUGCUUGACGAUGACAGAAGGAACCUGACUGAGCAUUUGUCAGGAGCCCCAUUGUUUGGUUUUGCUAGAUGAGAUUUCUGGUGGCUGUCUGUUCCCUGCUGUCCUGAGCACAGUGUCAGCAGUGCUGGGAAUAUGACAGGGAGCCCUCUGUCCCUCAUGUGGUGUGAGGGGGCCUGGAGGGCCAGCAGCCUCCUCUCCUUAUGCCAAAGGAAAUCCCGCACCCCCUGGGCUCCCCGCCGCUGUCUCUGAAGCAUUCUGACCAUCCUCAUGGCCACUGCAUAUUUAUUGUCAUGUUAAGAUUUUGUUUUAAACCUCUUUGACUUAAACGGGUGUGGAGAAGUAAAACAGGCAGAAUGCCCCCCAAUCUUAAGGGGGUCGGGUGGGGAGGGAAUAUCCCCUUCCCGCUCCUUUUCCCCUCCCCUCCCCCACCGCAGCUCUAAAGCACUUGCAUCGAGUAAUAAGCACUUUUGUGAAAAGACCCAUUUUACGUGAGACCCGGGGCAGCCCGAGGUCCCAGCACAGGAGCCGAGCGGGGCUACAUAGGAGACAGGGAAACAGACGCGUGAGUCGGGGCGACAUGAGAAGAGCCAGUUUUUAGUUUCCGAUUUUAGGGGGAUGUUUCUGAUUGGGCGGUGGCUUUUGUAGGGUUGUGUACCAUCCUUCAGAAAAAACAAAUGGCACAAACUGUGGGUCCUGGGAUGGACCACAGACCCAGGUCACUGCCACUGUCCAACUGAGACUCUAAGAUUGGUGGGCCACCUCCCCCACCCCAUGGCCCCCUGAGCCAUAGGACUGCUGAGAACCACUGAAUGUACAGCCCAGGUUGGGGUGGGGAGUAGCCCUUGGGGGAGGGGGCUUCUCCUUUUGUUUGGUGCUGUGGGGGGUGGGAGACAUGAGACUGAGGGACUGCCACCCCAUGUAGACAUGUGUUCCUUGGGGUGGAGGGGCUGAGGAGGGCCGCCUCCCUCUCUGACCCCAGCCAUGGCCCCUCUUCCUUCCUCACCCUGUCCGUGUUGACUGUAAGUCCAGCUCACCUUUGCCUUCAAUAUGUAACCAAAGGAAAACAAUACCGCUUCCACCGCUGUCCGCCAGCCGAGCUCCUCCUCCUCCCGGACCAGAGGGGAGAAGAGGCUGGGGAUGGGGGUGGUUCUACAACUGUACCCCCAAAACCCUCUCUGUGGUCUUGGAAGGGGUCCCGAGAGGUGGGGUGGGGCCAGGUUGGCAGGCUGGGAGUGCGCACACUGUGUAUCUUAUGCACACGAGCGUUUCUUUGCUGAAAUGACUCCUGUAACUAUGCUCCGCGGGGAGGCCCCUUCCUCCUCUUCCUCCUUCCCAUUCAGCUGUUUCUCACCCUCUACCACACCCAGUACUCAUUCCCUGCCCCCCUCCCACCGCAAAGGAAAAUAGCCUUACAGACCCUAGCCCUGCUCCCGGGGCAAGCCAGUAUGGCCAUCUCUCCUGCCAAGUCUGAACCCUGCCUUUGGGGAGGGGCAGGGAGCAAUGCAGCCUCUUCCUUCUGUGUGGCUCCAACCCUCUGGGCCUGCACCCAGCCUGGGCGAGGACAGAGGAAGGAGUCUUUGAGGACCAGCCCAGUGGCCGGGGAGGAGGGAGGUAGAGAAGAAGGGUUUGACUUGGGGCUUCUCCUCCCAACCCAGCCCUGUAGAGAAGCGACCAAAUUCCCAGAGAUGGGAGGGGUUGGGGUGGGGAGGGUCUGCUCUUUGAAUUACUUGAAGGUACUGACUCUGAGGCUGCUGUUGCCCACGUAGGUGUGAGGGGGACACUGUCACUGCAUUUGGGAGGGCAGAGGAUGGCGGGUGACGAGGGGACCCACCCUGGGCCCUCUUGUUCCCACCUCGCUCUGGGCGCCCCUCCAGUUGCACUAAAGUAGCUGUUGUGCCAGUCUAACCCAUGCCAGGGUGGGGCCUCUGCUUCCAGUCCUUCCUCCCGCCUCUGCUCCCAUCCUGGACAAUCUCGUUCACUCGUAUUCCUGGAUAGCUCAGCUGUGUGUGUGAGUGUGUGUGUGUUUCGGGGGUGGGUGGGUUUGGCUGGAGUGGGUCUGGCAGGGGUUUGGGAAGGGCUAGGGAAAAGACGGAGGGUGGUAUCUCCUACCCCCUUCCCCAACUCCAAGCCACAGAAGCCUGGGAGGGAGGGUGCCUACUCUCGCUGCCGUGUGUCUUGCAGA